AAGCGCCGGCCGGCGUUUUGCAUCAAUUCUCAAGUGAAUUCUUCCAAGUAAAUUUCGCUGCGAUUUCGAGAAAAACAGUUAAAGUACGCUCAAGACACGCUCACAAUGAAGAAAUUCAGUGCAUACACGUAUACUUUCAUCUUCUUAGCCAUCAUUGGAGCCAAUUUAGUAUUGGCUGAAGAGAAAUGUGGAGAGAGAUCAGACAGCCGGGACCUGUACAGACGGCGGAACAGCUUAUUCGAUCAAGACUUCGGCUUGGCCUUCUCGCCUGGUGACUUCCUGACUUCCAUGUUUUCACCCUUCUCGUUCCACGACUACUACCGCCCCUGGCGUCACCUGGCUUCACUCAACAGAGACGUCGGAUCCACUAUUAAGGCCGAUAAGGACCAGUUCCAGAUAAACUUGGACGUUCAGCACUUCAGUCCUGAUGAGAUCACAGUUAAGACUGCAGAUGGUUAUGUGGUCAUUGAAGGGAAACACGAGGAGAAGGAAGAUGAACAUGGCUUCGUCUCUCGUCAACAAGUGCAAUGGCUGCAAGCUGCGGGACGCACAGACUUGCUAGAGAAAGACAAAGUGCUGGUGUCACACCGGUUUUGCUCGAGACACUUCCCUCCGUCUUCUAUUAAAAACAAGCACCUUUGUGACACUGCUGUGCCCUCGCUGUGUCUACCAGGGACUAUUGAAAAAGAUAGUGAACUCCAUGAGCACAAAGGCAUUGUAUGCGACAGCUGCGGGCUGGCCGUCUCCGGGUUCCGCUACAAAUGUGUCUCGUGUGCGGACUACGAUUUGUGCCAGAAGUGCGAGAUGAGAGAGACGCAUCCGGACCAUUACAUGCUGAGGAUGCCUAAGCCUUUGAAAUUUAAACUUGCGGACGAUCUCAUCGGCAAGUGGCGUGAGUUCUUCUCCGCGAAGCAUGCCACGCCGGACUCUGACAGUGAUGAUGAGCCCAUCACCAAAUAUAGGAAUCACAGCAGUGUGGACCUCUCCGAAGAGGUGAAACGCGCGAUCCGGGCGGAAGUGGCUCGAGUGUCGAAACUGCCAGAUCCUGAGGACCCGCAGCUUAAGAGGAAAACUGCGCCGGAGCGGCGGCCGAUCAAGAGGAUACGGAUGGACGGGACUAUAGGGUAUGAUGACGAGGACCGGAGCGUCCCGGAGGUGGCGUUUGCCGACGUCAACGAAGACCAGCUGUUGGAAGUGAAGCACGAAGUUUCUGUAGAAGAAUGGAAGAAGAUGGUGCAUGUGAAAAUAAGUGAGGACCUGACAGAGCUGAUGAUAGAAGUACCGCCACACAAUGCAGGACACACUUCGGCGUUAUGAGCUGUUAGGACUGAAUACGAUUUAAAUAUAAUGUAAAAGUAUACUUUCAUAAUGAUAUUUACUAAGUGGCAAAUAUAUUAAUUUUAAUCAAGAA